UAGUGUGGCUGAUGAGACGCUAUUCAUUUUAUUACACAUUCUGGGCCAUGGACGCAACCUUUAGCACUAGUAAUAUUUGUUUUUUUAAUCACUAGCUAAUAAAGCCAAGGAUAGUUGGGGAAAUAAGUAGUAGCCGGAUUGGUUGCAGAGUCUGGUCGAGGCUGGUUGGCCGGUGAAUGCACAGAGUGAAGAAAGUGAAGCGUGGGAACAAAACAGAAGGUUACUGGAAAAGUUGUUUAGAAUUGAAUAUGACGGCGGUGGACGGGCUAACAGAGAGCACAGAGGUGGUGGAGAUGGAGGACGUCCCGUCUCAGUUCUACGUGGAGAAGCACUCGUGGGAUGGCCUGCGUGACAUCAUCCACAGCAGCAGGAAGUACUCAGGAAUGAUCGCCAACAAAGCGCCCCAUGACUUCCAGUUUGUGCAGAAAAACGAUGAGUCAGGCCCCCACUCCCAUCGCCUGUACUACCUCGGGAUGUCUUACGGAAGUAGAGAGAACUCACUGCUCUACUCCGAAAUCCCCAAGAAGAUCCGGAAAGAAGCCCUCUUGGUGUUGUCGUGGAAACAGAUGCUGGAUCACUUCCAGGCCACACCGCACCAGGGGGCCUAUUCCCGGGAGGAGGAGCUGCUUCGGGAGCGUAAGCGUCUGGGAGCGUUUGGGAUCACCUCCUACGACUACCACUCCCAGACCGGCCUGUUCCUCUUCCAGGCCAGCAACAGCCUCUUCUAUUGUCAGGACGGGGGAAACAACGGCUUCAUUCAGUCUGCCCCAAUGAAGCCGGUGGAGAUUAAGACACAGUGCUCAGGGACCCGCAUGGACCCCAAGAUCUCCCCAGGAGAGCCCAACUUCAUUGCAUUUAUCAACAACAACGACCUGUGGCUGGCUAACAUCAAGUCUGGGGAGGAGAGGAGACUCACCUUCUGUCACAAAGGUCUGGAUAACGUGAAGGAGGACCCCAAGUCUGCGGGCGUGGCCACGUUUGUGAUCCAGGAGGAGUUUGACCGCUUCACUGGCUACUGGUGGAGUCCAUCUGCUGUAGAGGACUCAGAUGGGGGGAAAACCCUGCAUCUGCUGUAUGAAGAGGUGGAUGAGACGGAGGUAGAGAUCAUUCAUGUUCCCUCUCCAGCCCUGGAGGAGCGGAAGGCCGAUGCUUAUAGAUACCCCCGCACAGGCAGUAAAAAUCCACAAACCACCCUCAAACUGGCAGAGAUAAAGACUAACAACCAAGGCAAAAUCAUGAGCAUCCAAGACAAGGAGCUGGUUCUCCCCUUCACCACCCUAUUCCCCGGUGCGGAGUACAUCGCCCGGGCAGGAUGGACAAGUGACGGCAAAUAUGGUUGGGCCGUGCUGCUGGACCGCAGUCAGAAGAGACUCCAGCUGGUCCUGCUUCCCCCGGCCCUCUUCAUCCCCAUCACAGACGACCCGGCCCAGAGACAGGAGAGCCUGGAGGCCGUGCCCGAGGACGUCCACCCUUACAUUGUCUAUGAGGAGACCACCGACAUCUGGAUCAAUGUUCAUGAUAUUUUCUAUCCGUUCGUUCAAACGUCCGAGGACGACUUCUCCUUCAUAUGGGUGAAUGAAUCCAAAACGGGCUUCAGCCAUCUGUACAAAAUCACGUCAACUUUGCGACCAGGCUGCUACCAAUGGUCAGGAAACUACACACAUACAGAGGGAGACUUUAAAUGUGCAAUCAAGGAGGAGGUGACUCUGACCAGUGGAGAGUGGGAGGUGUUGGCCAGGCAUGGCUCCAAGAUCUGGGUGAAUGAGGCCUCUAAGCUGGUGUACUUCCAGGGCACUAGAGACACUCCCCUGGAGCACCACCUCUAUGUGGUCAGCUAUCAGUCCCCUGGCGACGUGGUCAGACUCACCAAGCCUGGCUUCUCCCACAGCUGCUCCAUAAGUAAGAACUUUGACAUGUUUGUCAGCCACUACUGUAACGUAAGCACUCCCCCCUGUGUCCACGUCUACAAGCUGACCGCCUCAGAGGGAGACCCUCUCCACAUGGUGCCUGAGUUCUGGGCCAGCAUGAUGGAAGCCCCAGGUUGCCCAGGAGACUACAAAUCUCCGGAGAUCUUUGACUUCCCAGGAAAGUCGGGCUUCCAGCUCUACGGAAUGGUGUACAAGCCUCACAACCUCCAGCCUGGCAAGAAGCAUCCCACAGUCCUCUUUGUCUAUGGCGGCCCACAGGUCCAAUUGGUGAAUAACUCCUUCAAGGGGAUGAAAUACCUGCGCCUCAACACCCUGGCCUCCCUGGGAUAUGCUGUGGUGGUCAUCGACGGGAGGGGCUCCUGUCAGAGGGGCCUGGAGUUUGAAGGGGCUCUGAAAAACAAAAUGGGCCAGGUGGAGAUCGAGGACCAGGUGGAGGGGCUGCAGUACGUGUCGGAGAGGUUCAACUUUGUGGACCUGAGUCGCGUGGCCAUCCACGGCUGGUCCUACGGCGGCUUCCUCUCCCUCAUGGGCCUCAUCCAGAGGCCCAACGUCUUCAAGGUGGCCAUAGCGGGUGCCCCGGUGACCGUGUGGAUGGCGUACGACACGGGCUACACGGAGCGCUACAUGGAUACUCCUGAGAACAACCCGCAGGGCUACGAGGAGGGCUCCGUGGCUUUGCACGUGGACAAGCUGCCCAGCGAGCCAAACCGCUUGCUGAUUCUACACGGAUUCCUCGACGAGAAUGUGCACUUUUUCCACACCAACUUCCUGGUGUCACAAAUAAUCCGCGCUGGGAAGCCAUAUCAGCUACAGGUCUACCCCAACGAGCGACACAGUAUUCGCUGCCCAGAGUCAGGAGAACACUAUGAGAUCAUGCUGCUGCACUUUCUACAACAAUACCUCUGAAACCGGGGUGAACCUCCCCCCUCCCCCCGAUAACCCCUCAACCUUGGCAUAGAGACCUCGCACUCUGCAGCCACGCCCAUCCACCCCACAUUUACCGUGAACUGGAGAUCUCACUCCAUUAUGCCUCCACCUCUCUUUCUCUGUUGCCUGCUCUUUCCCUCUCUUUCUCUGUUGCUAGCUCUCUCCCUCUCUUUCUCUGUUGCUAGCUCUCUCCCUCUCUUUCUCUGUUGCUAGCUCUCUCCCUCUCUUUCUCUGUUGCCUGCUCUCUCCCUCUCUUUCUCUGUUGCCUGCUCUCUCCCUCUCUUUCUCUGUUGCCUGCUCUCUCCCUCUCUUUCUCUGUUGCCUGCUCUCUCCCUCUCUUUCUCUGUUGCCUGCUCUCUCCCUCUCUUUCUCUGUUGCCUGCUCUCUCCCUCUCUUUCUCUGUUGCCUGCUCUCUCUCUCUCUUUCUCUGUUGCUAGCUCUCUCCCUCUCUUUCUCUGUUGCUAGCUCUCUCCCUCUCUUUCUCUGUUGCCUGCUCUCUCCCUCUCUUUCUGUUGCCUGCUCUCUCCCUCUCUUUCUCUGUUGCUAGCUCUCUCCCUCUCUUUCUCUGUUGCUAGCUCUCUCCCUCUCUUUCUCUGUUGCCAGCUCUCUCCCUCUCUUUCUCUGUUGCUAGCUCUCUCCCUCUCUUUCUCUGUUGCUAGCUCUCUCCCUCUCUUUCUCUGUUGCCUGCUCUCUCCCUCUCUUUCUCUGUUGCCUGCUCUCUCCCUCUCUUUCUCUGUUGCUAGCUCUCUCCCUCUCUUUCUCUGUUGCCUGCUCUCUCUCUCUCUCUCUCUCUCGCUCUCCCAUUCUUCCUUUCUCUCGCCCCUACAUUAGGGUGGGGGGUAGGGUUAGGUUACCUAAGGUGAUCCAAGGCAGUGUUAUCAAGUUUCACUGUGGAAUGAAAGGAGGACAACAUUAUCUGGAGGCUGAGCCGCAAUCACUCUCCCUUGUUUUCCUCUUCACUGGAACCAUGAUUGUUUUGCCAAAUGUUUUUCUUUUUCCUACAUUUUAUUCACUCAAGUCAGUAGUAGGAGUGGGGUUCCUCAAACAGGAAAUGGAAUAUAGACAGACAGACAGACAGGCAGAGAGAAAGAAUAUAGCUAUAAUACAUACUGUGAGUUUAAGCAUUGGAUGUGGUGUGUAAUGUCUAGCGGAAGAGACCCUGCCUCUACUUGCAUUCAUCAACUAUUUUAAGUGUGUAUUGUUAAAAUAAAAUAUUUGUAUGGAUUCUUAUUAUUUUAUAAUGAGCGUCAAACGAAGUCCCUCAUUGAUAUAAAGUCAUUUUUGCGCCCUUUCUCUAAUCUCGCCUCGCAUUACAUUGCUCAAGGUGUCGGCUUGCCCUCUGAAGAUACAAUAUUUGCCAAAGUACUUCUGACUUCUGAUCAUGCUGUUAUUUUCUUUUUUUACUCCAAUAACGAUGCAAGUGUGAGCAGCCGAGUCUUAAACAGCUUUUUACCACCUGAAUAAAAUUUAUACAUGACGAUGAAUAAAUGUAUAAUGAAAUCUC